AUGGGCCGUAGUCGCGAUGUCCGCUUCGUCUCCUCCGGCGUCAAGCUCCCGUCCGCGUCCGCCUCCGCGCCGUCCCCGUCCCCGUCCCCGUCGCCUGCGCUCCUCUCCGCGGCGCUCCCGUUCGCGCACAUCGGUCGCGCCAUUGACGUCGCCGCUCGCCGCCUGGGCUCCUGCCUCCCGCGCGUCCCGGUCGCGCGGGCCGACCCGGCCCUGCCCCCGCCUCCGCGGCGGCACGGGAAGGAUGGCGGAGGGCCCGAGGAGCGGGUGCUGAUCAGCGAGGUCGCGGUGCGGGGGAAGGACGGGGAGCCGCUGGAGCGGGCCGAGCUGGAGGCCGCGGCCGCCGCGGCGCUGCGCGCGUGCCGCCCCAACGCCGCGCUCACCGUGUGGGAGGUGCAGGAGGACGUGCACCGCAUCGUCGAGAGCGGACUGUUCCGGUCGUGUAUGCCCGUCGCUGUCGACACCCGCGAUGGCAUUCGCCUCGUCUUCGAGGUGGAGCCGAACCAAGACUUCCAUGGGCUGGUAUGUGAGGGCGCCAACAUGCUACCGUCCAAGUUCCUGGAAGAUGCUUUUCGUGAUCGCCAUGGAAAAAUUAUUAACAUUAGGCAUCUGGAUAAAGUGAUCAAAUCCGUCAAUGGAUGGUAUCAGGAGCGUGGCCUAACUGGAUUGGUUUCAUAUGCUGAGAUACUUUCUGGAGGGGUUCUGAGGCUGCAGGUUUCAGAAGCUGAGGUUAAUAACAUUAGCAUUCGCUUUCUAGACAGGAAGACUGGUGAACCAACUCUUGGAAAAACACAGCCGGAAACCAUCCUUCGGCAGCUUACCACCAAGAAAGGGCAGGCUUACAAUAGGGCACAAGUGAAAAGGGAUGUAGAAACAAUACUCACUAUGGGAAUCAUGGAGGAUGUUACUAUAAUUCCACAGCCAGUUGGAGAUUCUAAUAAAGUGGACCUUGUCAUGAAUCUUGUUGAACGCCCUUCGGGUGGUUUCUCUGCUGGUGGUGGAAUUUCAAGUGGGAUAACAAAUGGACCCCUUUCUGGACUUAUUGGCAGCUUUGCAUAUUCACAUCGGAAUGUUUUUGGGAGGAACAAGAAAUUAAAUCUCUCUUUGGAAAGGGGGCAAAUCGAUUCAAUAUUUAGAUUGAACUUUACUGACCCUUGGAUUGAUGGCGACAAUAAGAGAACCUCCAGAACUGUUAUGGUUCAGAACUCUAGGACUCCUGGAACACUUGUCCAUGGUGGUGAUCAUCCUGACCAUGGGCCCAUAACAAUUGGACGUGUUACUGCUGGCUUGGAAUAUAGUCGACCAUUCAGACCCAAGUGGAGUGGGACACUUGGCUUAAUUUUCCAGCAUGCUGGUGCUCGUGAUGAUAAAGGGAAUCCAGUCAUCAGGGAUUUCUAUAACAGCCAAUUAACUGCCAGUGGACAUGAUUAUGAUGAUACUCUGCUAGCUAAGUUUGAAAGUAUCUACACAGAUUCUGGAGACCAUAGCUCUACAAUGUUUGUUUUCAACAUUGAGCAAGGUCUGCCUGUUCUUCCUGAGUGGCUUAGCUUCGACAGAGUGACAGCACGUUUGAGGCAGGGAUAUGAAAUUGGUCCUGCUAGGCUUCUUCUAAGUGCUUCUGGAGGUCACAUGGAGGGAAAUUUUCCACCUCAUGAAGCAUUUGCAAUUGGUGGGACAAAUAGUGUAAGAGGAUACGAAGAAGGUGCUGUUGGUUCUGGGCGCUCUUAUGCUGUUGGUAGUGGUGAAGUUUCAUGCCGCCUGUUUGGGCCACUGGAAGGCGUGAUCUUUGGCGACUAUGGCAGUGAUCUUGGUUCUGGUCCUAAAGUUCCUGGUGACCCAGCUGGAGCUCGUGGAAAGCCAGGUAGUGGCUAUGGCUACGGUGUUGGCGUCCGCGUGGACUCCCCACUGGGACCUCUGCGGCUUGAGUACGCCUUCAAUGAUAAGCAAGCCAGCAGAUUCCACUUUGGUGUUGGAUACAGAAAUUAA